CGAGAGCACUGGGAACGAGGUUAUCAACUAUGGCGGACGCAAACGAGUUGUAGACUUCUUCGGAUGCAUGAAUGGUUAAAUGGACAAUGAACGAAGACACAGAGGAUAAAAUACUCUGUAUGCAGCAUUGUACGAAUCAAAUGAAUAUUUUCUUCUCAGAGUUUCCGGAGACAUGUCCGCUUUGUGGUAAAUCAUUAAAAGGUUGUUCUUUGAUAAUUCCGCCUUUCCGUGUUCCAAGUCCAUUUAUGUCACAAAAUGACAUUUCUUGCUCCUUUGUGGUAAAGCCAACGAAAGGCUCUUUCUUAAGGGAAUAUAAAAGUGGAGAUAAUCUUCAUGUGGGAAUUACCUCUUCAAGUAGAAUGGUUUAUAAUUUUGAUGAACUUGGCCUUCAUGCAGACAGAACUGGCUGGGAACAGUGUAUUGUUGUAAGCAUAACAGAAAUUAAGGAAUUUACCUCAGAGCUUUGGGACUCCAGACUUAAACAGAUGUGCUGUAGUGGUCUUUGGACUAGUGAAAAGUAUGAUGAAGAUAACAAUAACUGCUACGAUUUUGCUCUUGGCUUCUUGAAUCAGUUUUUGCCAACAAACAUAGAACCCUUUAAAAAGCUGGAGUUUUGUAAAAAUUAUAUUCUUCCAUGGACUAGAAGAGCUGCUCAGUUUAUUGAUUUAUACAGACGUGUCCAAGAUGGUGGUAGAGUUGCUGUAGAGAGGUGUCGGAGAUGACUUAAAUUAUUUUGAGAGACAUCAUAAAAUUCAUGGAAGGAAAGAGAGUAAUUUUAGGGCAGAAAAUGAAAAAAAACAAUUUCAUCCUGCCAAUCUGAUUUUUGGUGUAAUUCCUUUCAAUUAUAUCUAGAAUGGAACAAAAGAAUUGUAAAUUUCAAGGGAAAUCAGUGGAGGGGCUGUUGGUAUGACUAUAACUCUACAGUGUACAUGUACAUAGAAGUUUUUUUUUUUUUGUAAAAAUUUGUUUUAUUUUCCUGAUUCUUUGAGAGCAGUGCCAUGAAAACAAAAAUGCACUGUUAGGAAACACUUCAGACGGGUUCUUUUUUUUUAUUAAUUUUUGCAGAAAUAAAAUUGGAAAAA